ACCGGGCCGCUUGGCGGCAGGUGCCGCGGGGCCUCCCCUCCAGGCCCGUGCCUGCGGGCCCGGCCGGUCCCUCUCGGGUGCCCGUAGCGGGCGGGGCCGGGCCGGGCCGUGGGCGGGCGGCGGGGCGCAGCGCAGCGCAGCGGGCGGCCAUGGCGGCGGGCAGCGCCAUCCAGAUCCCUAGCCGCCUGCCGCUGCUGCUCACCCACGAGGGCGUCCUGCUGCCCGGCUCCACCAUGCGGACCAGCGUGGACUCGCCGCGUAACAUGCAGCUGGUGCGCAGCCGGCUCCUGAAGGGCACGUCGCUGCGCAGCACCAUCAUCGGCGUCAUCCCCAACACCAGCGACCCCACGUCCGACUGCGACGACCUGCCCUCCCUGCACAGGAUUGGCACUGCUGCUCUGGCAGUUCAGGUGGUUGGUAGCAACUGGCCCAAGCCGCAUUAUACAUUGCUGGUUACGGGCCUCUGCCGAUUCCAGAUACUGCAGUUGCUGAAAGAGAAGCCGUAUCCAGUUGCUGAAGUUGAACAGUUGGAUCGACUUGAGCAGUUUACUAACCAGCAUAAAUCUGAGGAGGAGCUUGGAGAGUUGUCAGAGCAAUUCUAUAAGUAUGCAGUACAGUUGGUUGAGAUGCUGGAUAUGUCUGUUCCUGCAGUUGCAAAGCUGAGACGUCUUCUGGACAACCUGCCUAGAGAAGCUUUGCCAGAUAUACUUACUUCUAUCAUCCGUACAUCCAACCAAGAGAAGCUUCAGAUUUUAGAUGCUGUUAGGCUGGAGGAGCGGUUCAAGAUGACUAUACCAUUGCUUGUUAGACAAAUUGAAGGACUGAAGCUGCUUCAAAAAACAAGAAAACCCAAACAGGAUGAUGAUAAAAGGGUUGUAGCUAUUCGUCCUAAUAGACGAAUCAAUCACAUUCCAAGCACUACAGAAGAUGAGGAGGAGGAGGAAGAUCAUGAUGAUGUUGUCAUGCUGGAAAAAAAGAUAAGAACAUCCAGUAUGUCAGAACAAGCUCUUAAAGUUUGUCUUAAGGAAAUAAAGAGAUUAAAGAAGAUGCCGCAGUCAAUGCCAGAAUAUGCUUUGACAAGAAAUUACUUGGAACUUAUGGUAGAAUUGCCAUGGAACAAGAGUACGAAAGAUCGCCUUGAAAUUCGUGCAGCUCGAAUUCUUUUGGAUAAUGAUCACUAUGCUAUGGAGAAGUUGAAGAAGAGAGUUUUGGAGUACUUAGCUGUCAGACAGCUUAAAAACAACCUCAAGGGACCCAUUCUUUGUUUUGUGGGGCCCCCAGGAGUUGGUAAAACUAGUGUUGGAAGAUCAAUUGCAAAGACUUUGGGUCGAGAAUUCCACAGAAUCGCCUUAGGAGGAGUCUGUGAUCAGUCUGAUAUUCGAGGCCACAGACGCACCUACGUUGGCAGUAUGCCUGGCAGAAUAAUCAAUGGACUGAAGACAGUUGGAGUUAACAAUCCAGUAUUCCUUUUAGAUGAGGUUGAUAAACUGGGCAAGAGCUUGCAGGGAGAUCCUGCAGCAGCCUUACUAGAGGUCUUGGAUCCAGAACAAAAUCACAGUUUCACCGAUCACUACUUAAAUGUAGCCUUCGAUCUGUCCCAAGUCCUUUUCAUAGCUACAGCCAAUACUACAGCUACUAUCCCACCUGCGCUGCUGGACAGGAUGGAAGUCAUUCAAGUUCCAGGAUACACACAAGAAGAAAAAAUUGAAAUUGCUCAUAGACACUUGAUUCCUAAACAGCUUGAACAACAUGGCCUUACUCCGCAGCAGAUACAGAUUCCACAAGUAACCACUUCAGACAUCAUUACUAGAUACACUAGAGAGGCAGGAGUACGCUCUCUGGAUCGAAAGCUGGGAGCUAUUUGCAGAGCAGUGGCAGUGAAAGUGGCAGAAGGACAACACAAAGAAACAAAGCCAGAUCGUGCUGAAGUGGGUGAAGGAGAAGAUUGCAAAGAACACGUCGCUGAAGACACAAAAGCAGAAUCCAUCAGUGACACGGCUGACCUGGCUCUGCCACCUGAAAUGCCAAUUUUAAUUGAUUUCCAUGCCUUAAAAGAUAUCCUGGGGCCACCCAUGUAUGAAAUGGAGGUAUCUGAACGCUUAAGCCAGCCAGGAGUGGCCAUAGGCUUGGCUUGGACUCCACUAGGGGGAGAGAUCAUGUUCGUAGAAGCCAGCCGCAUGGACGGAGAAGGUCAGCUGACUUUGACUGGUCAACUCGGAGAUGUCAUGAAGGAGUCGGCACAUCUUGCAAUUAGCUGGCUGCGCAGCAAUGCAAAGAGAUACCAGCUGACUAAUGCUUCUGGAAGUUUUGAUCUCCUUGACAACACUGACAUCCAUCUGCACUUCCCAGCUGGAGCUGUCACAAAAGAUGGACCAUCUGCUGGCGUUACCAUAGUAACCUGCCUUGCUUCUCUCUUCAGUGGGCGGCUGGUGUGUUCAGAUGUAGCCAUGACAGGAGAAAUCACACUAAGAGGCCUUGUUCUUCCAGUUGGGGGAAUUAAAGACAAAGUCCUGGCAGCACACCGAGCUGGACUGAAGAGAAUUAUCAUUCCUCAAAGAAAUGAAAAAGAUCUUGAGGAAAUUGCAGUGAACGUACGGCAAGAUUUGACUUUUAUUAUGGCAAGCUGUCUGGAUGAAGUUCUUAAUGCAGCUUUUGAUGGAGGAUUUUCAGUUAAGCCCAGAGUUGAGCGUUUGAAUAGUAAACUUUAAGUAGACAGGCUGAGAUUAACUUCUAUAUCAAGUUUUAAUAGAGAUCAGUAACUAUCAAGUAUAAAUACGAGGUACACUUGAUUGUUUAAAUGUGGGUGUAAGUGCAAUCAAAAUAAAAAAAAUUACUUUAGCAGUUAACAACCCAGAACUGCAUUUUAUGGGCAUGUGCUACUACAAAGAAUCUUAGGGGAAAAAAAAAACUUAUUUCUUCAUAGUGGGUUUCAAGUAUAAGAAAGCUGAAGUUCUUGAGAAAUAUUUGCUUACUUUAUCUGGUAUGUAUUUAUAGAAACGUCAACAGCUGAUUAUAUCCGUAAAGGGGGAAAAACCCCUAGACAGGGAAUAGUAUGCAAUUUGUGUAUUCAGAGGCCACAAACUGCAGCAAAUGCUGCCUAGCAAGAGGAGCUAAUAGAGAUGGGAUGUCACGCUGAUUUGAUGCAGUUUUCUUACUUAGGAAAUAGCAUUGAAGCAAUAUACUAAGGAGCAGUGGCAUCACAGGAAAAACAUUUUUUGAAAUUUAAAAAAAUACUUAAAGGAUUUAACCAGAUACAAUAUAGUCUAAAUUAAGUUAGUAAAUCCUUUCAGCACUCACAAGAGUUGUAGUCUGUAGCAAUAUCAAUGUAGAUAUCAUUUUUCAAACCUAAAUACAGGAAUGCAUUAACUUUUGUCUAGGAAGGGAGAUAAUGCACUAAGGUUCACAUAUGCAAAGUUGUACUUACAGCACUGGAAGUAGGUGGAGUGUACCUGAAAACUUCAUGAGAAAGACUGAGCAUGGUAACAUUUUGGAGGGACAAAGUACAUAUCCUUAAUUCUUACCCAAUACAGAACUAGGAAUAUUGAUUCUGGGAUGCUUGUUUAGACUCUAAAAUUAAAUUAAUUUAAGCAAUGUCAAGAAGACUACUGGAUAGUUAAAUUGCAUUAGGUACUGCACACUGUGAAUAAUGUAAGGUUUCAGAAAGUGUGUCAGUAUCCUAUCUGAGCUGAUAGCUUUGUGUCUUAUUUUCCCUUGAAUGCUAGAGAAUAUAGAAAUUUAACCUUAUGUAAGCUACAAUUCUUGAGUUUUUCACUGUUUUACACUAGGGUCAAGCACAAGAGAAAACCCAGUAUCAUAGUCUGUUCUUGCUCAUUAAUCCUGAAACAAACUCAAGUGUGCUUAUGAAAUGCAAAUUGUAUCAGUUACAAAAGCCUCUUAAAAAGCAACCAAUAAAUCAAAAUUAGUAGCUUGUUUUGCUUUAAUUUCCAUAGAUACAAACAAAGCUGAUUUACCUAUUCACCUGGAACGUAACAGUAAUUGUAUUAAUAAAUUCAGUGGGUAUUUCUGCACCUGACUUAUAAGAUCUCAAAACUUUCACAGAAGACUUCAUCUAAUAAAAUGUUUUUAAAAAAAACUUUGUCUUUUAAGAAUUAAUUACACUCUAAAGUCAUUCACUAUUUAAGUUCCAAGGGUAAGAGGCAACAAAAGAGUCUUUAUGUUCUCUGCCUUACAGAAUACUUGAACACAAAAAGUGCAAAAAAAAUGACAAUCAGUAAAAUAGCAGAAAGGAAUGGUAACUAAUAUCCUGCUUGGCCUUCACUCAACACCAGUAGGGGAGAAGAAAAUCUUCUCUUUACCAAACUUAAUUAAUAUCAAAUAACAAUCCUGCACUACUUUAUGCUAGUAAGAAAACAGACGUGCAUGGAAUUCCAGUGCAGUCUGUUUAUACAUAUAGAAAAAAUGCAUUUUUUGAAAGACAAUAAAUAUAGGGUUUUGUUUGUUUGUUUGAAAAAAAGAAAAAAACAAAAGGCUUCUACAGCAAUUUCACUUCAGAAGAACAGGGAGUUGCUCCCAAAAAAAGUUGAGCAAUGACUUUCUGCCACACCACUCCAAUGUCUUGUGUACAUGGACUUUAUCUAAAAGGUGAGGAAUUUAAUGGAACUCUAAAGAUCUUUAUCUGGAUUUACAUACAGAUUUUCAUGUUCCCACUUGUCACCACAAAAGGUGACUUGGUUAUGUUACUUUGUUGGGAUAUAUAUAUAUUUUUUAAUAUAACCUAAGCAUUAUCCAUUAUAACAGCAGAUAGUUAUAUUUAAGUGUAUUUUCUUUUGUUUUCAUGAAACACUCUAAAGAAUAACAAUCUGUGCAGCAGCAAACCAUAAUAAUAAUGAUCUUUUGAUACACUAGGGAUUAUUCUGCUUUGCACUGACAUUUAAACAGACCUGAUAAUAAACAUGAGCAUGUCCCUUAGAAUAUACUAUAAGGUAACUAAGCUUAUCAAAGGUAAAAGGCAGCAGUAGUAGUUCCUUUCCUCUAUGCACAGUCCACACUCUUAAGUUGCUACAGAUAAAACUACCCCACUAGUGCAAUUCAUGCUUUUAAUCAUAGUAGCUUUGAAACAAUACUGAAUAAUGCAAUGGUAUAGAUAGCAAUACAAAACAGUUCAUCUGCUUCAAUUUAAAGCAAUACUGCAAACAAAAACUGAUCAGACAUGUCAAAACAGAAGCCAUAUACUAACCUAAGUAUAACAUAACUAAGAAGCCAUAUUUGUCAAACAUUUUCCUUUUAAGGCUUUUUUUUUCAAGGCAAUGAAAAACAAUGGAGGUAGUAAUAGGGGAUAAAUAUAAGAUCUACUGCAUUUUAUCUAUUAAAGACAAAUUUGAAUACUCUCCCAAUACAGCAAAGAAAAAUAGUACUUUCUAAAAUAAAUAGCUAAUGCUAAGACAUUGGCAGGCUUUAAUACACCAUUUAUUUUAGAUAAGGUAGUAAGCUGUACAGAUUUUUAAUACGUUUUCUUUUUUCAUAUAUAACAGAGCAAGGUUUACUUACCAGAUCCUCAAACUACUUAGCGGAGAUCCACUGAAUUAUGCUUCCAAUACUUUUGAGGAUCUGGGCCUAAGUAUAAUUUGUUUAGUCAUUCCAUCUGAUGAUGGGCAUCAAAUGUUUCAUAUAGGUUUUUGUUGUUUUGUCUGUUACACCAAAUAGAGUACCAAUUUACAUCAUAGUAGUAAGUUCAGCAUAUGUUAGUUGUGCUAUAGCAUGUCAUCUGUAAAACACAAUGAAAAAACAGUCUGACCAUAUCAGUUAGCUUCUAAAGCUCAUUAUAAAUGCCCUUUUUAGUCCCCUUCAGAAUCAUACUCUCAAGUUCCAGCCUAAAUAAAAAUCACUGUAUAUCAGUGCAGAAAGGUUUCAAGAUUCACAGUUCUUCUGGGGACACAACAUGAGUACAAGCAGCAGCAAUCUCAAGUAACUUGCAUGCUUACACAGCCCUGUGACACUCCAGUUGCAACUAUCAGGCUGCUUAGGGCAACCCUUACAGGUUCUUAGCUAGAUUUCCUUACAGAACUUGAGCCGAAAAGCAGAUAACCUUGGCAGGUAAACUUCAGUCCAAGCCAGCCAAUGAGGAGUGAAUGGGUGAGCUGGUGAGUAAAUGUAUGCCUAUAAAAUCUAUUUGCGUAUUUAGCUGAGUUUCUGUCAGUAGACCAGAAGACAAAACUUGGGUAAAUAUAGACAAGCUUAAUUAGGUGAGAGUAAUUACUGAGUUCAGAAGACUGCAAACAAUUAGUUGUCUAUUUGGUAAAGAAAAAAAAAUGCUAGAUUGGAGGAUUUGUUUUGAAACAUCUAUCUACUGUUACAGUACAUCUUUUAACUGAAAUCUGUGCAAAAUUUCAACAGCCUAAGAAACAAAUUAUAAGUAUUUUUUUCUUUCAUUACACGAAAUCAGUUGUUUCUGUAGUAGUGUAUGUAUCCAACCUGAUGAGUUUUAUGCUCCUUACCUGUACAACUACUUACCUUAUGCACCAAAAUAAUAUGAACAACACUUGACUUAGCUAAGCAAUUUCUGAUAAGAAAGUUAAAGACAGUGCACAGUAAAUAAACUGUAUUUUAAUGUGUUACAAAAGUAAUUCAUAGCCAGACUACCUCUCUGAA